GAUAGAAUAAAAGUAUGGUGUAUGGUGUACGGAACUACGGAUACGUCGGAUAGGUAUACGAAAAGAAGAACCGAAAUUACGAAUACAGUGGCUCCGCACCCUAUCUGUGAUCUGUGACUUUCACCCUACCAAAUUGAAACUACCACCGAACCACCCCCAACCAGUGAACCACCAAGCUCAAAGCUGCGUAAUGCCUUUGGCCCUUUGCCCUACUUCGACGUCGAGUUUUUAUUUCACAAAAGUUUCAAAAGAUUUCAGCUUUCCACUACUAUCAAAACAAAAGUAGGUACACAAGUUGCGUUGUUACUGUGCUGCAGUCUUGCUUUGCGCCUCUUGCUUUCAUUCGGGAAGAAAUGGAAAUUUAUAUUCGCCCUGUUUCUUUCGAUUUCGAAGCAUGUUAAAUAAUUUGAGCACCUUGUUGAGGUGUCAAUAAUCACUCCGAGCGUAGGGUAGGUGGGUACGAGUAUUAAGAUAUUUUUUGACAUUUUUCAAGAAUCUAAUAGGCACUGUUCUAGUAUUAGGCUGCUUACCUACACCAUCGUUUUGGUGGUAUUAUCGAGAUUUGACUGAACGCUGACGUGUAUCGAAAAGUUUUCAAUAUGCCGUCUUCGAGACACAAAAUCUUGAGUCACGUAUUCAGUGGCAUUUGUUUCAAACUUAAUCGCACUAAACGACUCAGCAUGGACAGCUGCGAGUUGGAAACACCAUUAAAACGAUGUUUAACAACAUUCGAUAUCACUUUAUUAGGAGUUGGACAUAUGGUUGGAGCUGGUAUAUAUGUAUUGACAGGCACGGUUGCAAAAGACUUGGCGGGUCCGGGUAUAAUGCUUUCAUUCGUGUUGGCUGGCAUCGCGUCCACUUUAGCCGCUUUAUGCUACGCAGAAUUUGGCACCAGAGUUCCAAAAGCUGGUUCCGCGUACGUUUACACUUACGUAAGCAUCGGAGAGUUCUGGGCCUUCAUUAUUGGUUGGAAUAUCGUGCUGGAACAUAUGAUAGGUGCAGCUUCUGUGGCUCGAGCGUGGAGCGGAUACGUGGAUUCUUUGGUGAAUGGACAAAUUAGCGGCGUUACUAAAAUUAUUUUCGGCGAUUUUUACGAAGGAUAUUUUUCCAAACAUCCUGAUUUGCUUUCCUUCUUCAUUUGCAUUCUCUAUUCGACAAUUCUAGGACUCGGAGUGAAAUGUUCGGCGCUAAUCAAUUCUUGUCUGACUGGGAUUAACUUGGCGGUUAUACUAGUGGUGAUCGCGGUUGGUUUUUCGUAUGGUAAACUAGACAAUUGGUCAUCGGCGGACGCUGGUGGUUUUCUUCCGUUCGGCCUAUCGGGAGUAAUUUCGGGAGCAGCUACUUGUUUUUACGCUUACGUCGGUUUCGAUUGUAUAGCCACUUCGGGCGAGGAAGCGCAAGAACCUUGUAAAUCUAUUCCUAUCGCUACCAUAUUGGCGAUGACUGUAGUCAGCGCGAUUUACGUACUUGUUAGCGCGGCGCUCACGUUAAUGGUACCGUAUUCGCAAAUAAAUCCCAAUGCCGCUCUUCCGGAAGCUUUUUCUUGCGUCGGUUUACAUUGGGUGAGCUACAUCGUGAUCCUCGGAGCGGUAUGCGGCAUGACCACUUCGUUACUAGGCUCGUUGUUUUCUCUUCCUCGUUGUUUGUAUGCUAUGGCCGAAGACGGCUUAAUAUUCAAAUUUUUCGCCAAUAUCGAUAAACGAACGCAAUUACCGCUUCUCAACAUGGUGGUAUCCACUUUCGUCACUGCGCUGAUCGCUUUAUUUUUUGAUCUGGAAAAAUUGGUAGAAUUCAUGUCAAUCGGAACAUUAUUAGCUUACACCAUUGUAAGCGCUUCCGUUAUUAUUCUGCGAUAUAAACCUUCGGUCGUUGCUGCUUGCGCCAAUACGACACCAUCGUUGUCUGUUGAUAAUACCUGCUCAACGCCGCCAGCAGACGUUGAAGAAACCACUAAUAACCAAGAUGUCGAUGUGAUGUACGUUGGUGGAAAAUUGAAGAAAAGUUUUUACUGUCUAAAACCUUUGGUGGGAAAUUAUAAACCUGGAUCAGCAGUUUCAACAGCCGUGUUUGUUUACAUAUUUGCUUGCGGAUUGCUUUGUAGCAAUGUUUACGCGUUUGCCUACACCAGUAUGGAUGACUGGUUCAUCAUCAGCUACGUUAGUGUGGCCGUCGUCGUAAUGAUUUUAUGUAUUAUUGUGAUCGAAGCGCACGAACAGAACACAACUGGUUUGAAAUUCAAAGUUCCUCUAGUGCCGUAUUUACCAGCCCUGAGUAUUUUAUGCAAUGUCGAAUUGAUGGCCAACUUGAAUUUUCUUACUUGGAUACGUUUCAUCUUGUGGAUGGCAUUAGGACUUCUAUUAUAUUUUGGUUACGGAAUACGAAAUAGCAAAUUGAACGAUUCAUCGUCACCUUAUUUAGUGUUGCUAUCGUCGUCCGAAGGUGAAAAAACUAAUUGGGGAACGAUCAGCAAGAAGAAAGUCAGAUCGCAUUUAUCGUCAUUGUAUGACGACGACACAGAACCGAUCAUCAACGACGAUUAAUAUGUACCUAAUUGUAAGCCCAACUUUCGAUGAUCCCCCCAUCGCCGAUCACGAGCAAACUUCUCGUGUUCUUAUCAAUUACCUACCUAUCUGCCUGCGGAUUUUGAAAAUAUUCAAAUGGCACUUGGGCCAUAAAUUCGUUGGACGAAAAAAUGUAAGUAUAUUUAUAUGGUAUCUAACCUACCUGACCGUUUAGGCACCCACUAAACCAAUUUGCAUGUAAGUUUGUAUAUGUACACUUGUCCACAAAUUUGCCUGUCCACCCUGUCUGUGUAUACAUAUGCGUACUUGCUCCCAUUGUUUAGUAUCAUGUUGUUGUAUGAAUUGAAUACCUACCUUACCUACCUAUGAUGAAAUAUUUUUUGUACAUUAUUUAAAAAUAAAGUAGAUUCUUUACGUU